AAUGACGUUUGAAUCCAGUAAAAGUUUAAAUAAUUUGUAUUAAAUCUUUGAAGCAUUGAACACUGUGUAUAAGUGGAUGACACACCAUGUGUCACACCGAUUAACUAAUACCUUGUUACGUUUUUGCUUCAAAUGACACCGAUUGUGGGACAUAAGCGCACGUGCAGCUUACCUCGCGAAUAUGUCCGACAGCUCUUGAAGGCAACAGCAUUCCUGUGAUCGGAGGCAGUUCAGUUAUCUCCUCCUAUCAGCGCCAUUGUGUGUCAGAGUCUCGGGGAGCGAGGACGGCUUGUUCUUCUGUAGCAGACGGGACUGUUUAAAUACCCUCCAUGUUUCUCUUUCAAACUCCGGCGGACCUGGACGUGAUAUAUGUUUGGUAAAGGUGCGAAGCGGAAGCUGGACGAGGAUGAAGAGGGGUUGGAAGGCAAAACGCUGGAGGCGCCGAUGGCGGGAGGGGGACUAGGCCUCUGUCCGGAGGGCCUGUCCAAGGUGUCGUACAACCUGCAGCGGCAGACCAUCUUCAACAUCUCCUUAAUGAAGCUGUACAGCCAGCGGCCGCUUUGUGAGCCCAGCCUGGAGCGCCGGGUCCUCAUUAACAACAUGCUGCGACGUAUACAGGAUGAACUCAAGCAGGAAGGCUCCCUGCGGCCGCUGCUUUUGCCGCCCUCGCCGCCGGAUGACCCCAUGGAUGAGGGUUACCGUGAGGCACCAUCCUCAUUUGGUGUUUUGUCAGCGACAGCGCAGGUAUCCCAGCCUUCUGCGCUGUUGAUGCCGGUGAUCGUUCCACCGCCUUCACCCCACCCUAUGGUGACUCCCAACUGCCAGGCAUCCCAGGCCUGCACCAACCAUGUGGAGGACGGCCUCGCCCCUCUGGAAGCCUGCCUCACCCCAGCCUCUUUACUAGAGGAGGAUGGUACAGAUUCAGCCAUUUGUACUCCAUCCCCACCAACUCCUCCUCUGUCGCCUCCUCCGGGGCAGCCUCCUUCGUUACCUUCAGCACUUCUGAGCCAGGUGUCCCCCAGGGUCCCCGUGCCUGCCUCGUCCAAUGAUGGUGUUCCCUCCGCACUGAGUGACAUGGAGUUGGGACCUCCCACAGCCAUAACAAGGACAGCAGCAGCUAAUGCUACAACCGUGACUACCUCCCCAGCUCCCACGCCACUCACCCAGCCCUCCCCAGCACCCACAGGCCUACCCAGAGACUGCAGGACUGUGGGUGUUAAACCAGAGACAGAUGGUGUCUUGCUAGCAGAAGCCCGUUGUGCCGAUCUCCGACCGAUGGACAAUCUGCCCACACUGCCCCCUGUUGGCCUCGUAGACAUUUCCUCCUCUUCUUCCUCCCCUUCGGGGUUUCUCUCAGACUUGGCGCUGGAUGAUGUCCUGUUUGCCGACAUCGACACGUCCAUGUAUGACUUUGACCCCUGUACGACAGCGGGGGCUGUAGGCGUAACGGCAGGUGGUGGUCUAACCAAACUGUCGCCGGUGGUGACCGCGGACGAUCUCCUUAAAUCACUGGCUUCGCCGUACAGUGGCCCUGCCCCCCAGGUUUCAGCCAAUCAGCCUUUCAAAAUUGAUCUGACAGAACUGGAUCACAUUAUGGAGGUGUUGGUGGGGUCGUGACUCACGGACAUCGCCACAUCAGAAAUACACAGACAGUUUCAUAUGGAGGACAGACUGGAAUGAACAUUUGGGAAUCUAUUUUGGGGUUUUCCUGGUCGUUGUUUUUAUGUUGUUUAAAAAGAAAAACUCUUCAAAGGUCGGUAAUUGUAAACAUCGAUAGUGAUGUCAAUUAGUACUACUAUGACAACUACUACUACACAAUACUGUGCAUGCACUGUGCUCGACUUUCCAAUUAUGGAAAUGAAGUAACCGGGAAACAAAGACAUACAUAAGAUUGUUUUUCUAUACUUGUGAGGACCUCCAUUGAUUCCUUCUCUAAUCCUAAUUUAAAUUUUAUCCUAGUUUCAAUCUUUAAUCUGAACCUAAGCCUUAAACCUAAAGGAACUGUAAAUAGAAAAGAAAUGAGGACCUGCAAAUUGUUCUCACUCAUUUUUGCAAUAACUUUUCUUUUACCUCACAGGUAUAGUAAUACAAGUGGACAUGACACACACACACACACACACGCACACGCACACACACUCACGCACAGAAUUCAUGACUUUUAGCAGAUGAGUGCCUUUCAAAAUGACCACUUCUUCAAUUCCUGUUUUUACAGUAUUUUUCUAGUUAUUUUCACAGCCUAGAGAGGUAACUCCUCAAUUGUUUUUAAAUUUAAUUUAUUCUAUUAUGUAUUAAAACUAUUAUUAAGUAAAGUAAUUUCUUAUGAUCAAAUAAUAAUUAUUUAAUCUUUAUCUUAUUACAGAUGCUAUGUUUGUUUUGUAAAGCAAGCAUAAAAAGGUUUUUACAAUGAAUACAUUUUUUUAUUAGUGUGCUGCAUUAAAUAUUAGCUUGGCUAUAUAACCACACUUUGGGAAUAGCUCUAAAACACAUUGCCUGGUUAUUUGUUAAACUCUUUUGGUUGAAGGAAAUGUCUUUUCUUGUACACAUCAUGUCUAUGAAUUCAGUUCAGGGCUUAUUUUUGUCUUUCCCUUUCUCAUUGGCAGGUACAUAUAACUGUGCAGGAUGCUAUUACAUGAGCUCGAUCUACGGGCUAGUUAUCAUGCUUCAGUUACAGCAGAAUACAAAUGAGCUGCACCCACAGGAAAGCUUGAUGUGUUUACAUUGGAACAAACAAACAACUCCCAUUCUGAAGCAGAGACUUCAGGCUUUAGACUUUUAUAGGACUCGAGACAAAACAACUAUCACAGAUUACAUAGAAUCGAUCAGAAUCACACAAAGAGAACAGUUUAAUAGAAAUGCCUUUUUUUGGUUUGGCUCCUACAGAAUUAGCAACAUGAGUGACAGACAAAUUACAGCACAGCAUUAAGUAUUAACCCCACACAAACACACACACACACCCACUAUUUGCAGAGUAUAUUUACUUUUGUUUAGAAUAGGAGCCCUAUAUGCCAAAUCUCAGGGUUCUGCUCACUUAUGUGCAUUGUGCUGUACAUAAUUUGAAUGUGGAUUUCCACUGAAGUAGGAAACCCUAACAACAAUGUUAAUCUGAUAAGCACACAAAACACACAAGUGCUGCAUCUAAGAUAUGGGUCACAUGAAGAUAACUAAGGUCUACAUGUUUUUUAUCAAGCGGAGCAUACACACAGUUUUAAAUUCGGAAUACUCAGUUUAUCAGUCAAACACUAUAUGGAAGAGCUCCUUGGAGUAGAGGCAACAGCUGUGUCACAGUCACCUAAACCUCCCUUCUCACACUGCUGACCGUCAUUUAGAAGGAUUGUUUUUAUUGUGUAUUACAGUGUCACAAAUAUUAUCCGUAAUUUGCAUUUAGGCCAACAUGUUGCCCCCCGGAUAGUUAUAAUUCGAUUGUUAGAUGAGGCCAGGAGAACACAAAUCACAGACCUACCAUCUUGCCUUUAUAUGUGGAAGUCAUAUGAGUUACAGGAGCAUAGGAUACAUGGUGUGCUUGUUGAUACAACAAAUUAAAACGCUGUGAAAUGCCUUUUCUUGCCGCAAUAUUCAGAAAGACAGAAGCAGUGAGUCAGCAAAAGUCAGAUUCACUCACUGUGCCUCUUCAGAUAAUGCAAUGAGAUUUUAACUAACAGGCUAAAGGGAAAAUCCACCCUGGGAUCAUUUACACAUUACCAGUAAAGUGCCGUAAUCGUCUUGAGGCUACUUUUGGUGAAAUUUGAUUCUGACUCCUCUUCACUCUGUAUGAUUGGUAAAUAUUAGUGCAAAAUGUUGACUUCUCAAAAGCCCUCAAUUUGAAGUUAAAAGCUGCAUUCAUCAGUUUUUUUUCCAGUUCCAAACAUAACAUAUGACAAAUUAUUACCCAAAAUGUUGUUUUGGCAAACAUGGUAUCUCAUGAAUUCUACAUAUUAGCAUUCAUUAGGAGUUCUGUCUCUGGUCCAAUAAUCACUCUCUCCUUCAGACUGUUUUGGUGUCCACCGGAAGCUGAAGGUGGGACAUAUCUGCCUCUUUAGCUGCUAAUAUGCUCCAUGUUCUGCAAUUCGUUGUUUGGCAGAUGGUGCGCAGUGGGUUUAUCAGAGCUUUCUCAAUGAAAACUACAGCCUGCUGUAGAUGAAAGCACGUUUUGGGCCAGAAUACCGAAACAAUGAGUUAAAAGAAGAUAAAACGGGGAACUGCAGAGUUUGGUAAUAAUUAUCUGUAGUAGUUGUAGUUCAUCACUACAUACGACACCUUACACAUUAUUCAUAAUCAUUUGUUAGUAAUUAUAUAAACGAUAUUGACGCAUGCAGCUUUAAUGUUGACAUCAAACAGCUGUAACUGCUGUGCACUGAAUCCUAUCAUACACAUCAUCUAUGUUUGUCUAGCUUUUCACAGCAAUAUAAGAAAAGAGACACCACAGGAAUGCACAUCACCAACAGGCAGGAUUAUUUUAUCCUUCAAGAGUAGUUAAAUAACAAAUAACACAAGAAACACUAAACACUGAGCAGUGAGGUUGUGGUGGUGUUAAAACGUGUUCCAAUGGAAGAUCAUUUUCAUUUCCCAGCAUGCAUUUGACCUCAGCUAAUAUGUAAAUGAACUGAGUUUGAACUGAAUUCAAAGCCGAGUGUGAACUGAGCAGAUGGCAGCACCAACUAAUACUGUUUGUGUCUUGUUUCUUUUCACUUCGUUUGAAUUUUGGAGUGCUUGUUUUUUUUGUCAAUGAAGUUAUUUAUUCAUCUUGUUUUUUCCCCCCAAUGUAAAUAUAUUUAUUUUUGAUGUGAAGUGAACAUUUGGAUUGUAAAUCUGUGUACAGAAUGUGUGGUAGGAAUGUAUAUCAGAUAGGAAUGUAUCUGUGGAGAUGGAGUGUGGAAUUAUGGGUGGAAGCCAUUUUUUUAUAUUCAAAGGUAGUUCUAUUAUCUUGUUUAUGUUUGUUGCUUUGUUAUUGAUUGUUGUGAGUUGGCCGCCACAACUUUCUACAUCUUUUGUACUCUUUUUUUUAUUUAAUUUUUUUUGUUCAUCAGUUUCCAGUUGAAGGCGAACAGUUCAUGCAGCAAUAUUCAAAAAGCCGUCUCCAACCUUCAGAUGUCAAGACUCCAAAGCCUGUCAUAGACGCUUCAAUGCCAAAAGUAAUGUAAAUAGUAUAAUGAACAUUCGCGCUCCUGAGACUUGGUUGAUCAGUGUUUGUUACCGAAUCUGUUUUAGCACUGUCCGAGCAUGCUGCGGUUGGAAUCGCUGAGAAAGACUGCCCGCAGUCAAGGCUGUUUUCCUCUGCGAAGGAUGUAUUUUACACAGACCUCAGAGCUGUGCCUUUUUCUAUGCAAUAGAACACAAACACACGGAAACUAUCAGCUGAUCACUGUAUUGGGAUCUAAAUGUGGACUGUAGAUAAUAAACAUAUAUAUAUAUAUAUGUAUGUGUAUAUAUAUAUAUAUAUAUAUAUGUAUGUGUAUAUAUAUAUAUAUAUAUAUAUAUACAAAUAUAUAUAGUAUAUGAUAUAAAUGGACAGCUGUCUAUGAAUUUAAAAACAGUCUUACUUUUGUAGUUUUAUAUAUAUAUGUAUAUAUAUACAAUAAACUGUAAAAAGAG